UCAUAUGGUUCGAUACACUGCAGUUCGAGAAAAAUGUCUAUGACAGCAGAUCCUGCCGUGAUUGCUUCACUUCCUCCAUCCUACUUCGAGGAAGAUGUCAGCGCACCUCUCUGGCAUGCGUCAAUAGCAAUGAUAGUCUUACAAACAGUUGCUGUAACGCUUUUCUUCGCGUCUCGAAUUCUCAACAAGACGUCCAAUGGCAUAGAUUUUUGGCUCUUCAUACCCGCUGGUUACGUCUUCUGUACAAUCCAUAGCGCCUUUGGUAUCUUGCUUGUCAAGCUAGGUGGCGCGGGCCGCCAUACUCUGUUUUGGAUGAGGGAAGAUCCAGGAAUAAUUGUGACUUGGCUGAAAUUUUGCACGGUGAUAGAGUUCACAUGGGCUCUGUCUGUCACUUUCCCUAAGCUCGCAAUGUUGGUCCUUUACCUACGAAUCUUUCCAACCCGAGUAUACCGCAUUGCCGGUUACGCAGCCGGUGUUCUAGUCAUCCUCGUCCUUGUAGUAUCGACCAUCGCAUCUUUCACUAUAUGCAUGCCGUUUGCCUUCAAUUGGGACAAGACAAUUCCUGGGGGGAAAUGCGGAGACCAAAUGCUUAGCUACCGAAUCAUGGGAUUUCCCAAUCUGGCGGCGGAUAUAUUUCUACUCGUUCUUCCUCUUCCUGCGAUCUACAAACUUCAUGUGGACGCGGCUACCAAGAUUGGAAUUUUCCUUACAUUUAUCAGCGGAAGCUUUGGAAUCGUAACCUGCAUGAUUCGAAUCGCCUAUUUCUUUACCAUUGAUCUCUUCGCCGAUCCAACUUACAACUGUAUACAUACAAUGAUCUGGACCAUGGUUGAGCCCGGCGUAUAUUUGAUUGCAGUUUCGCUGCCAUCUCUUCGACCCCUCAAGAAGAGGGUUCCGUGGGUAAGAGAUAUUAGCUUUGGUAGUCUAAUCUCCCGCGCUACGUCCUGGACUGGCAAGUCAACAAACAACACAUCCUGGCUCGAACCGAAAAUGGCAGCGAAGAACGGAGUGAUCAGAACCACGGAUAUUGAACUGAAAAGCUCAAACUUUCCCAUUGAAGAAGGCGGCAGUAUGCACAGCACCGCGAGGAUCAAUCCCCCGUUUUACAGUCUGGCCGAUAUCGACGAACAACAGAUAAGCCAUGAUAAGCCUGCAAAAUUCAUCGGAUAGUCAAAACUGCAAGAGCUUAACGAAUGAACCGCUGAUGGAAGGUUUUGCACGGCAUUUCACUCUAGCUAUUUCCUUACCAACCUUAGUACAACUGCCCUGAUCUGCGCAGAUCUAUCCAUGAAACUGUUCUCGAUAACUCACACUUCUCAAAUACAAAUUGCUUUUAUAGAAACAUUUGGACAUGUGAUUCAACAUUCUACGUGCUCUGUGGCCUUGUGGAUGGCAACAUCUCUCUUCAUGCAACAGUUUCUCCAGGCCAACAGUUCCAAAAUCCAGGAACAAUGGCGUAUGCCCUUUUUCCCUUCUCGACCCAAGAACGAAUGUGAAUGAUGCAACAUCAACAUCAUGCAUCGUACUAAAUAGCGCGGUGUUCAAGCGCAUGUAUUACUGUCGGUUCCCGAUAAUCACGAAUACGAACGAUCCGAGGCUAGAUUGUCUCCCCGCUUCGUUGAGAGGGUGUAUAUGCAUGCGUAUUCCAAUCAGCAAUCAUUUUCAAACGGAGCUGCAUGCCAGCUGGGCCAUUGCAUGCGCACCGACGCACAGCAACAAUCGUCCGAUGAAAGACAAUCACGAACCAUUUGGGCACUGUGAGACACCAGGAUAGUCUGAAUGUGUUGUCUUAGAGGACGGUGAUUGCCCGCAAGACGAUUGCAAGUUAGGGGUAUCGCUCGUGCAGUCAUAAUUCAUGUUGUACUACACAGAUAUAUGACCUUCCAUUGGUUGAGGCGCCUCGGCGUUUGAAUACUCGGGCUACUAGUCGGAGAAUCCACAUGUGCCUGAAUUGCUGGGGAGAUCUGAUUCCGAUGAUCAAAUUGUAACAAUGAAUGGAGGAAACACCAAAGUACAGAAUAUAACAGUUUUCUCGAGGCUAGAUCAUUCUGAUCGCGUGGAAACUGCAGACUUCGAUUGAGAGAAAAGCUCAACCCCAACCUAAGCUCGACUUUGAGUGGCGUUGUGAUUGAGGAGCAUAUGCGUCAGUGACAUACUGAUUUAUGACAAAAGCAUACCACGAAGUUCUUGGCCAGAGACAUUUUUCGGGCAAUGUAGACUUCGGUUUCCGAAGAUUCAUGCCUUGCUCUUCUUGCACCGCGGACAUAUGAUUAGACACCCGGCGGAGAGGCUUUCUGCAGCCAAGAUCAGUGUUUGCG